AUGUGCAAAUGGUUCUUCAGUGUUGGGUUUACGAUUUUGUAUCGGUACAACACAUUUCGGUCCACUGGAGUCGUUUCCCGAGCAGAUUGUCGGUGGGCAGAUGAAUGCACGCUGGGGCCAUAUUCAGGAGACUCCUCUCUCCUCGGCCGUUUCUUAUGUUUCAAACAUCUGAUUUCCGAUCUUGAUGCAAGAAUUGUGAGCCGCUCAAGUCUGCUGAAGAAAGUUAUGAUUCAGUAUUCGGACAGCAAUAGCGAUUUCUACGUCAAAGGAGGAAUUGGCAAGCUCCUGCCUCCGACUGACAAUUUGGACGGUGUACAUUACUUUGAAAACGUAUUUAUAGCACUCGUCGCAGUGGGUGUAAAGCUGAGAGAUCUUACCAUUGCCAUUGAUGAACAAGAGCCAGGGGUCAUCGAUAUAAUUCGCUUUAUGCAGAAAUUCAUCUUAGUAUGUCAGUCUACAGGCGAAGAGCGUAGAAAAUGGCUUUCCUCUUUCAGAACACAGUUGAGGGAGACAUGGGCAAAAUGCUGGAGAUUCUCACCUACAAGAAUUCCUGCAAAAGAUGCCGAAGUUGAGCACAUUCUUGUCCAAAGAGCGGAGGUUGUUGGAGAAGGAGAUUUGAUAUUCAAGGAUCCGACUGCCGAAGCUCAUGGUGAUCACAUAUCGGGGGGCUACUUGCCAACCAGCAAUGUGGCAAAGGGUUUGAUUGACUAUUUCGAGAUUCUUAAUAGCACCAAACUCUUCAAUUGCACCGUGUUUGUUUACAGGAAAAUUCAAUCAGAGACGAUUGGGGGAUGA